AUUACAGAUAUAAUGAGUAUAGCCUAGGUGCUUACCCUCAAACUAGUUUCAGAAACCAGAGAACACUAGAUUUUUCUAGAUCCCCGUGAAGAGAAAGAGAUCUUCCUGGAUCUGGCGUUCGACCCCUCUUCCAUUGAUGCGGGGUUGCGUUCUUUCCAAGCCGUUGUGGCUUUAUUCAUCUAGUAUAAAACUGCGGCACUCCCUUAGCUGCCAAUCAAUCCAUAGCUCAGUGCGCAAAAAACCCAAGCAUCUGCUUCAUACUCCUUACAAUUCCACCUUUCUUGUUCAGUCAACGAGCAUCAUUAUAUUCAUGGCUCACCAAAAGCCCCAGCAUCAUCUUCGUGAUGACGAUGAUUCCCAGGAUCCUCAAAAGUUCAAAGAGAGCAUCUUCCAACCAUCAAGCGACAACAACAAAAUGAUCGAGUUUCAUCGCAAGGAUUCAGCCUCUCAGAAACGGAAACUGAUUGAGGAACCGGGAAAAUUUUCUGUCAUCGCGUCAGCUCCUUCAUCGCCGUUUCAGUUGCUCCGCCAGCCCCCUGCUCCCUUCGCUUGUCGUCCUGGUGGUUCUGACCAGAACUUGUCUCGACUUGCCAAGGAUCUUAAUGAAAUGCUUCGUGUUUCUGAUCCUCAUGUUACCAAGGAGCCUGCAAAAGCAUCACUUGGUAGGGUUGAUUUAAACAUGACCAACUUGCCCGAAUUUGUGUAUAUUAUGCAUGAUUUUUCAAGCAUAAUAUGCUCAAAGGGGUGAUAUUGGAUCCACGGAAACUCACCUCAGAGAAGCAUGAGGACCGAUGCACAUCGGUUUCUCAUAUCAGUUCUGAGAGCAAAGGCAUAAAGCCUAGCCUUUGGUCUUUAGGUUGCUGGGAUUCUUUGAAGCGUAUUUAUUUCAAAGUGAUAAGAGAAAACGAGAGGCGUGCCAUGCCAUAGUCAGGGUUCAAUUCCUCUCUAUUUUCCCCUUUCUCUCUCGCUCAAUUUUCACUUCAAAGGAUCUCGAUAGCAUCAGUGCAAGACACAGCUGUUCUCAGAUAAAGCAAGGACUUCGACUGAAAGGCCUGAAAAAGGAGAAAGAGUUAGAUAAAAGCCUCCAACGGCGAUGACAACUCUCAAGUCUCAUCAGAACUGAUCCUUUAUUUUAUCAGUUUAGUAUUAUAUCCUCACCGCUGUUCUGUACCUGUAAUUAGUUCUUUAUUCUUGGAAGCAUUUGCAUGUACAGGAUCCAAGUUGAAGGAUGAAGAGCAAGCUCGAGAUCUUGAUGCUGCCGUAAUCAAUUCUGCUCACUCCCUUAGCUCGUCCUCAGCAAGAUCUAUCGCAGACAGUUUUAGCGACGUUUUUUCUACUCCAAAAGCUGUUUUUUCUCCCGAAAUCUCAGUCCAGCAAAUCAAUCGUUCGAGGCCUAAUGAUACUUACAUUAAUAUCCCUGUGACCCUUCCUCCUACAUCAUCACCGCACGAGCACAACAAACUGGGGUUCAUAGUUUUUCCUGUUGAACUUCUAAAUGCUAUAAUCAGUCUUGCUGUUUCAUCAAAAGCAAAAGAUAACCAGGUUCUGAUUUAUGUUGCGGUGGCUUGUUCUACACUGGCGUUCUUCAUUUCUUCAACUGCUCUUGUGCUGCAUAAGAAAAGGCCUCCGAUGGCGAAGAAGAUGCAAAAAGCCGCGUUUCUGAUCGGCACGUUUGGAUUCUUGGGAAUGAUGGGCAUGCUUUUGCCUUCAAGCAUCAGUUGGUGGUUCACUAUCUCAGCCUUCCUUGUUUUUGUGCUGAUGUUUGCCGCUGCAAAUUUGAUUGGGCGAGAGGAACCUGGUUGAACUCGCACGAGUCACUUCGCGUGUUAUGAGUGGCUAUUGUUGUUGCCCUUGUCUUAGUAUGGUUUUCGUGGAGAACACUUGAUUUUCCUGUAAUAUAAAUAAUGCAAAUUGAUGUACAUAUGGACAAAGUCAUAUUUCCAUUAUAUUGUUCUCUUAA